AGCACACAGAAGGGGCACGAGUAAUGUCUCCCAGCCUAAAGUUUGGUGUAGUUUUAAUUUUGAUUCUGGUCAGUGGACAGUGUUUUUUUGGAAAUCGACGAAAAAAUUGGGAAAACUUUUGUUGACGCAAUUUAAUGAAAAUUAGUGAGCGCAAAUUUGCUAGUGACUUUAAAAAAGAUUUCACGCAAUCUGCCUCGGCAAAUCAAGUACUCGCAACACUAUUGCCCGUACACUUCUCGCAACACUUCUCUCGUACACGUACUCGCAACACUUCUCUCAACUUGAAAUUGUACUCAAAUAAACGACUUACAAGUUUUUCAAACAAUGUGUAUAUGCGUGAGAAAGAUGUUUUCAUCAGCGUCAUCACUUCCUAUUAUUUUGCUUCUCCUAUCGUCGUAUAAAGCCUCUGUAAUUUCGGCAGAAAUUGUGGAAACAAACCAAACAUUUUCAUCUGCGGAUUAUAACUCGACUGCGACGCUGUCUACAGAUGGAGACAAUCUCCAUUAUCAUCUGUAUGAGAACACGAAGGAGAUCAACAGUGAAGUGGAACAGCACCAUGGCAGGAGUAGGAGACAGGCUUUACGAGAUUGUGGCCCUGACAGAAGUAUACUUUUGAACGGCAAUAAGUUUCAGACGGGCCAAACAUCAAUCGAUUUACAAAUAUUGUUGACAAAUAGGUUUUCCCUGAGAGUAGAUCUCAAUUUAUAUGACACAGGUUUCUUUACCUCUGGAGAGGAUGGUUUCAGUAUUGAUGUAAGUUCUGAAAAUUUUGGAAUUUAUCCUCAAUACGAAUACUCGUCAAUGCAGAAAUGGGUGCACGUGAAGGUUUCAGCUCUAAAUCAUAAUGGAUAUUGGCGCCUUCAGGUACUGGCAAAUGGGAAAACCCGCCUUCAAGAUAGUAAUGAAAAGAUAUAUAAAAAUAUAUUCCAGAAUAUGGUCUUGGAACUUUAUCCAAACUCUUUGUGGUAUAUUGGAGCUGAAACUCAUCGCUGCACCACAACGACCUCAACUACGACCACAACCGAGAGCGCCACGUUAUCAAGUAGUACAACCUAUCCAUCAACGUCAAGAACAACUCCAGCUAAACUGACAGCAGUGCCUUCAACUACCCAGACAUGGCUGGCCAUCAUUCCGAUUGAGACUACAUCUACUCUAGAACCGGAACUUCCAACAACUGUGUCGGAAAUACCAAUUGGGGAUGGAGAGUUGAAUACGAUUGUCAAUCCAAAAGAUAGUGCCAAUAGUAGUUCAAUUGAUUUUGCGCUUAACAACAUUUCGGCUCCCUCCUUUAACGAUCCUGAAUUUAACUUCAAUUUGAAAAAUACAUCUCAGCCAAAUAUUUUAACAGAUGCGUUCAUGGCGUUACCACCAGAAUUGAUUUCUUCAACUUUAUCAUUGAGAAUAAGCUUCGAAACGCCACCUCCAGAAGUCAACUUAGAUGACGAUUUAAGAAACAUGUCAACUUCAACAAUUACCACCGAAACAAUAACAGUUACCGCAAGAAGUCUCAAUGACUCAUCAUCAGCCAUUCCAUCAUUCUCAUUGAACCCAGAAAACACGGUCGAGCAAAACUCAGUAUUUCCAGGAGUAAUUGCCCUCGAAGUUAUUUCAACACUUUCACCUGGUGACAUUCAUAUACCGAUAUCUGAGUCAAGCCUUCCUGAAGAGGCUGUAAAUCAAACCUUCGCCCAAGUUGCUGGUGAAGAACAAGGGGGUUCAGCAUUUGCAGAGAAAUCGUUCAUGGUUCUCGUCUUAGCCACCUGUUUGACGGUAGCAGCCUUAAUAAGCGUCGGCGUCAUCAUCUACAAGUGUACUCGUAAAGGAACUGAUAAGAUUGAAGGUACAAAAUGCGAGCUUCUGGCAGUUUCAUCAUGUCGCAUUUCAAAUGAUGGGCACCCUGGGAAAAAGGUACCCCACGAGUACUUGGGGCCAUCAAUGGCUAUGGCUCAACAUGAACAACAUGUAGAACGUGUCUCAACGGAACCCCAGGCGGUGUGUGCGGCCCCCGACUUAAACUGCAUUAAUCAAACUCAAGAAACACCUAUUGGAAGAACCUUAUCAUGUACUACAAAGAAUGAAGAUGACGUGCACGAAUCAGGGAAAUGUUGCUUUGAGGAAACAAACGUAACUUCUAGAUCAGGAAAAAGUGAAGUGCCUGCCCGAAACGUCUCCAUGCCUGCAGAUGUGGGCUCGUUUGAAAGCAAUGUCUCUAAAGAAAAUGUUCUCCCGCAAGAGCGCGGUGGUUUUACGAACAGGUCUGACGUGCGAAUUGAAGUAGACGACUCUCAUAUGCAAGUUAGAUUUUCUUUCAAGUAAGAAUAAUUUUGAAAUUAUGCUGCGUGACCUUAUAUUCCGUGAUUAGCCCAACUGAUUUCAAUUAUAAGUUAUGGAACUAUGUAAAGUCAGGUCAAUUAUCGAUUCAAAUGUAUUGAGAUUGCCUGCCCAUUUUAUCGAUGACAAACAAUUAGCAUGCGUGCAGACAAUGACAUCUUAUUUCUAAUAGAAAUUCAAAAUAAAUCUAGCAUUAUUAUAUUUUUGAAAAAAAUUCUUGCAGGGCAAAUUCUUUUAUAUGAGUUUAAUUUCAAGGCAUUAGCAUAGCUAUGCCAGUACAGAUAUACGCUUCCACAGAGGCUGAAUUUUGGGGCGAACGGAUGGAAAUGUCGGAUGUUUCAGUGUUGUGGCUCAGUAAAUCAUGCCCAGGCGUGGAUGGUUUUGCUAUUCAUGAUACCAGUUCAGAGAUGAUGAACAAUAUUAAUACUUAACCUAUUAAUUCAAUCGUUGAUGUUCGGAAGAACGGCAAUCGGUUGACAUCAAUGAGCAAAUUGCUGCGUGUGCUACUGGAGGAGACUAGAUUGUUAGCUGUCUUAAUCUUAGUUGUAGGUAGAAUCCCUCUACAACAAAUCUCGAAAAUGGUCCCAAUUACUUAAUAUUUAUAAGAAUAGUUACUGACAUAUUUAUUUAAUUUAUGCUAAGGAAGAUUAAAGUUAUCUCGAAUUAAAAAUUAUAGAUUAGUGCUUAGGAUAUCAAGCGGGGAAAUUACUGAAUAUUUAAUUUUGAGAUUUUUUUAUCUGAAAUCACGGUGAAACUGGUGUUUUUGGCGAAUACUGAUGUGUCGAAGUUGACCUGGGUAAUCCGCGAUUGCACUGAUUCAUGAAAGAAAUUACAACAAUUAAAAAAAAUGAGUUUAAUAUAGGGACUUUUUACAAGUCUUUGAAAUAAUCAAAACUUUGGUAAGAACUGCAUGCGCACAAUACAGGACGAAUAUAAUAAUUGUAGGCAUACGAAAUGAAUGUUUUCGUUAAAAUUAAUGUUUCCUUAACCUACAAAAUAACUUCUUACAGCACACAUAGAAAGUAGUUAUGGCCUAAGCAUGGCGGUAAAAAAUUAAAAUUCAGGUGUCGACAAGGAAAAUCAGAAGCUUGGAAUUAAUAGCCCAUUUAAAUCCUAAAUAUAAAAUUAUGUCAUCUGCAAAAUAUGAUAAUCAGUUCUGACAUUGAUAAUAGCCUCAUGUUAUCUGUUAUCGCAGUUAGCUCUGCCCUUGGCAGAGCCAACUGCUACGCACAAGACUGCUAAUAGGUAGUGUGUCUCAGCGAUCACAUCUGACGCUUGCACAUGAAGCUGCUGUGUUACUGGACGAGUUACUCUAGCGUCAAGCUGGAGACGAAUGUUAUUGUUUAUUUUCUGUGUGUUCGCACACGCACUUAGGGGAAAACCUACACUGUCAUUCCAAGUGCGGCGACCCGUUGAGUUGACCUUGAAGACUUGUAUCGCAACAAAAAUUCUCGGUCUGAUGCGCUGCUGUGAUGCAAUGAAACCGAUAAUAAAUGUCCGCGGGAAGACUCGAUGCACCCAGUUCGUUAUGGCUUAUGGCAGUGCGUUGUGGCUGCUGCAAGGAGUUGGUGUGUGAGUGGGGCAGCUCUGCUGUUAAUCCUCAAUUAAGCAUCGUUUAAAAAUUUUCAUUAAAUAAAUCAAGGCCACUGAAGAAUUUUUUUUUCCAUUCCAUUGCAGAUACAGUGCAGACAUUUGGAAACUAGCGUGAUGGAUAUCGUGGUGGAACAAUUAAGGCGGUUAGGAUAUUUGUUUUACGUAGUAAAUCCGAAGACAAGCUCUUAUGAAACUAAGGAAGAAGUGCCAGAUUAUCUUAAUCAGGUGGUUCCGUACUUCCUGACACUCAUGCUGCUCGAGAUGCUCGUAUUACGUUUCCGAAGUCACAACCCUGUUAAAUUCCGCCUCGGUGACGCCAUGACAUCAGCCGGACACGGGAUUAUCUACACCAUCACCAGCUCGAUGACGCGCGGCGUGGAGCUUGUGGGGUACGCGUGGCUGUACCAAAGAAGGCUGUUCGACUUGGACUGGAACAGCAGCGUGACUUGGUGGCUCGCCGCUCUGGGGGUGGAUUUGGGCUACUACUGCGUUCAUCGCUUAGUGCAUGAAGUGAGCAUUGGUUGGGCAGCUCAUCAGGUCCACCACUCCUCUGAAGAGUACAAUCUCUCCACUGCUCUCAGGCAGUCAGUUUUCCAGAAGUUCUUUGCUUUUGGGUUUUACCUUCCGCUGGCAUUGAUCGGCGUGCCUCUUCCCGCAAUUCUGGUACACAUGCAGUUCAAUUUGCUGUACCAGUUCUGGAUACACACCGAGGUGGUGAGCACCCUGGGACCGCUGGAGCUGGUCCUCAACACUCCUUCACACCACAGGGUACAUCACGGAGCUAAUCCAUGGUGUCUAGAUAAAAACUACGCUGGAGUCCUCAUCAUUUGGGACAGAAUGUUUGGCACGUUUGAGGCGGAACGACCCAAGGAAAAGAUCAUUUAUGGACUCGUAGACCAGCCUCAGACUUUCAACGUGCCUUGGCUGCAGGUUUUCUACUACCGAGACACGUUCGUCAAAGCCGCGAAGCAGCUGACCUGGGCAGACACUAUAAAGAGUCUGUUCUAUGGACCAGGCUGGUGUCCAGGCUCCCCUAGACUGGGCUUCCCACUUCCAGACUCCCACAACGAGCCCAGGAAGAAAUAUAAUCCCUCCUUGCCAGCCAUUGUGGAGCUUUAUCUUUUCUCGCAUUUCCUUGUCACCCUGUACCUGCAGCAAGUUCUGUUGAAUAAUUUCAACAGCCACUCCUGCGCGUCGGUGCUCCUCCACAUCCUGUACAUGCUAGUGACGCUGGGUAACUUCGGCGCCCUGUACGACGGCUGGCGGGGCGCCGUGUUACUCGAGGCGCUGCGAUGCGUGGCGUUCCUCUUCUGGUCAGUUCAGAGUCCGCUGCUUGGGGGCGGUGCCCUCGAGACGUCGGUCAGGUACUACAGCGCAUUCUCUGCCGUCGUCUGGGCCGGCCUUGCACUCUUCCGGGACAGUCUCGUUAUCCCGCCCAGCGGCGGCAAAAAGAAGAAGCAGUAAGUUGGAAAGGAACCUUCGCAUCUGUACCAACACUACAACGCCUCCAUACGCCUUUAUGUACACUAUAUAAGUCAGUCUUUAUGUAGGCCAGUAUUUAUAGAUUAUUCUAUAAUUGUACUACUGCGGUGUUUUAAUUCAUAUUUUUUCGGAUGCUUUUAUCUCGCCAUGCAAUUGACCGAAUCAUUGAGCAGAUUUACGGAAUCUUUCUUCUGGAAAGCACCUUUACAAGUAACUAAUCUAUAAUUAAAUAGUAGCCCUGAGAUUAUUACGAUGAGAUAUUUUUACGGUCCACAUGAUGUCAAAAAUUUCCCUUUUAAAUAAUUUUGUGAUAAAUUUAUUCUAAAAACUUGCAAAGUUUGAGAUGGCUGCGUUCAAGUUUUCACAGGAUAACCCAUAGAGGUAAAGAUCCACAUCCGGACCUGGAUCACGUAAAGCUGGUAAGCAUGAACUAUGAAAGCGAGAAUGUACAUUUCACGAUGAAAACUGCACCGUUUCAGUCAACGAACAACAUAUACCGACUACAAUGCAGUGCGUUAUAAAAGUUAUAAACUGUGAGGCGAGAUAAGGAGGCGGACACGCGGAACAAGUGACGAGCGGAAGAUUCACCAAAUGCCUAGCCGCUGACUGGGGAUUCCGCAGUUUAGGAAGGAAUACGGAAAUCUGUCGGUGGAGUUAACGAAGUCAUCCCGACGCGUGCAAAAAAUAACUUGGUACACGUGUCGUUGAACGCAGCAUUGAACUCGUCUGUAAGACACUGGUACCACAGUUCGAAGAUUAACAAUCUGCAUAAAUUAACUCUACAUGAGGGGGGAGCGAAAUUUUGGCGGAGUCGUUCUGUAUACGGUCCCAAUGGCCCUCAAAAGUCAAAGCAAGGACGGUCUCAUCUUCAUCGUCUAAUUAUAAUAUAUCCCUGAAGUGCUCCGCUGUUAAUCGUAUUCAAGUAAAAAAUAUCGCUGUACUUUACGGAGCGCUGAUUAAAUCUGAGACCUAUUUGUUAAAAAAAAAAAAAAUACUCCCCAUGCGUGCUAUUGAAUUGAUUUAGUGAGGGUAGUUACGAUUUAGAAUAACUUGAAUAUCGUUUUUAAGGUAAACGGUCCCACCAAAUUAGACCCAUUCUGCGUGGUAUCAGUCAAACAGAGUACCUAUUUGCUUGUCAAAUCAUUGUUAGUUUUUCACGUGUUGGGCGCUUCAGCGGCCGCGGGUCCAGUUUUUGGGUCUCUUGAGUCGCCGCGCUCUAAUAGAAACGAUAUACUUUCUGCAAAAAUUUGAUAAAAACUAUCGAACAACAUUUGAGAAGCAUUAGAAUAAUUGAUUACUAAUAAAGAACAUACUAAAAUGUUCCUAUUAACAUAACGCAGUUUUUAUCGAACGUCGGCAAGUUAACUGCCGUGACAUUUGUGUUUGUCGACUCUGGUAUCAAAUAUCAAUGACGGUCGGUACAGGAGUUCGCUUCGUAAUCGAACUCCUGCGUUCAAAUCAAACGAUCACACAUCAGGGUAAUAAUAUUUUUUCGAGCUCUUACAUUUUUUAUGCAGGUUUCUCAGGUAAAACAAGCAACUACGCAAGCGAGAUUCAUGAUAUAUUCUACAUUGUAAACGAAAAACUUGUCGGGUGAGAAAAUGAAUCCGAUAAAUUCAUUAAUUUUCUCUAAGAUUGCCAUACAAAAAUUUGUCACAAAGCUAUGACAGUAACUUGAGCCAAAUAAUUACCAUAAAAUAUUAACAAUUCAUUCAAUGUUAAGCUCAAUAUAAUUUUCAUGGCUAAAGAAUUUCGGGCGGCAGCACAAAGGUUUUCAACCUAAAUAAAUCUGCACCGAAUU